AUGGCACCACAUGGCAUCGAGUUCCCCAGCAUUGAGAGGCUUAUGGAGAAGGACUCAAAGAAGUCCGCAAGGAUCGAAUUUCUGGGGUCUCCAUCGACAGCCUUCACAUCAUCGGCCAAGGUAGUUGUGAGUUUUCCUGGUGUACAUGGCUACGCAUGGACGGUCUUGACGCAUCUUGCAGCACAAGGAACGGAACAAGUGCUCUCUUCUUGUGUUUUUUUGCCCGACCAUAGGGCUGUGGGCUAUGGCACACAUAUCCUCGAUGCGAAGGGUUUUUUCGGAGCAUGCCAUUGCAACCACCUCUACCCAGGUAAGCCGCCAAUAAGGGAUGGCUGCUUUUGGUACAUCCUUUGGAUGGAGAGAACACUGCAGGCCGCCCGGCAGGAUUGCGAACUCAUUGUUGUAACUAUGGAAGAUGGUGAUCUUGGGAAUUCACAAAAGGCAGAGGUACGGUUUUUGCAAGAUUCCAAACUGAAGUUUCAGAAAGUUACCAUCCGCGAAUUUGCAGACAUGGUUCUUGACAAGAGCUCUGGCACUGCAUGCCCAGUUGCACAAACUGCGGGAUGUGAGAUCGAUUUGUCCCGGAUUGAUUUCCAGCGCAUGGGAGUACUUGCUCCUGUUGAAGAAGUGGAAUUUUUGGGUUCUUCAUCAGAGGCUUUCAUGCGCUCAUCGAAGGUCGUGGUGAGCUUCCCUGGUCGAUAUGGCUAUGCGAAGGCAGUGUUGACGCGUCUGGCUGCAAGGAAGAACAGCUCCUUACUCACAAUUUGUGUUUUCAUCGCACAAGAGAUGGAUCUGGGUUAUGGCAAGCACAUCCUGGAAUCAGAAACCCUGUCCGAGGGGCGUGUUUGUGGACACUGCUAUUGUCAGAAGCUUUAUGGCAAAGUACAGCCUUGGGGAUGUUUCUGGUUUGCUUGGUGGAAGGAGCGACUUGCGCAGGCUACAAAAGUUGGUGCUGGACUGAUCGUGGUGUCCGGAGAAGACGGCUCCCUUGGGGACUCACAGCAGGGUGAAGUCGAGUUUCUGAGGAGCUCCAACUAUGGCUUUCGGCUCCUUUCCAUCAGCGAGUUCGCGAACUUCGUGCGAGAUUGUGAGAGUCUGGAGCAAUAUGGCCCUUCUUCAUGCCUCUGCUCUUAA